AUGGUCCGGCUCUCGGCACUCUCUGCGCUCGUUCUGGCCACUGCCGGCGUCACGGCAACUCCCGAUGCCGAUUGCACGGGCAUCAACGCCAUCAGCUCAAGGUGCAGCCCGCCGGAAACACUGCACAGUCGAGAAAUCUUUUAUGUCGGAGGCCAAAGCGCGUCAGACCCCACAGGCAACAUCACGAUCGGGCAGAUCUAUGUCGAGAAGCUGACACCGUUUCUAAAGCUGCGGUCGACGCCCUUGGUCUUCCUCCACGGCGGCGGCAUCUCUGCAGCAACAUGGCUCAACACUCCUGAUAACCGCCCUGGAUGGGCAUCUUAUUUCUUAAAGCAGGGCUAUCAGCUGUAUCUGAUAGAUGCGAACAGCAUCGGACGGUCCACGGCUAACAACCCGGCGGACUUUAAUAUGGCAGUUGGCAUGUCUGCUGAGUUUGUCGAGAUGGGUUUCACUGCUGUGAAGGGGUAUAAUACGUAUCCUCAGUCGCAACUACACACACAAUGGCCUGGUACCGGUAUGAGAGGUGAUCCCACCUUUGACCAGUUCCAGCAGAGCUUCAUUCCCUACACAAGUAGCUAUAACUCGCAAGAACUAGCUAUCCGUGCCGCCGGAUGUGAAUUGCUGUCUCUCAUUGGCGCUAAGUCGUACCUCAUCUCACAUUCUCUGGGCUCCAAGUUCGCCCUUGUCAUCUCCAAUGACUGCCCUCAACUUCUUGCCGGCAGCAUCAACCUUGAGCCUUCUACCAUUCCUUUUUGGGCCUACGGCUUAGGCCUCGGCGGCCGAUCAGCAAACCCUUGGGGUCUUACCAACACUCACGUCGACUACGAGCCGGCGGUCACGGACGCGAGCGAGUUCACGGAUAAGAUUGAGUCCGUGGGUCAGGAAACCUUGGCUCUCCGGAACUGCUACCGCCAGAAAGAACCUGCGAGGCAGCUGCCAAAGAUUUCCAGCGUCCCAUAUGUGGCGCUGACAGGCGAAGCGAGUGUGCACAUCACCUACGACCACUGCAUCAUCGAUUACCUGAAGCAAGCCGGAGGAAACCCCGAGUGGAUUAAACUGGGCGACAUUGGUAUCAAGGGAAACGGCCAUUUCGGCCACGUCGAGAAGAACAAUCUUGACAUUGCAUCAGUCGUGCACAAAUGGAUCAAGAAGCAGCAAGGCUGGUGGUGGUGA